CCAUCCUCAUCCUCACUGCCCUUCGUAUCCUCAGCCCCACCAUCCUCACCCUCACCAUCCUCAUCCUUACGAUCCUCAGCUUCAUCCUCCUCAUCCUCACCGUCCUUGGUACCCUCAGCCCCACCACCCUCAUCUUCACCAUCCUCAACCUCAUCGUUCUCAUUCUUACCAUCAUCUUCAUCCUCAUCCCCACCAUCCUCACCGUCAUCUUCCUUACCCUCACCAUCUUCCUCAUCAUCACCUUCACCAUCCUCAUCCUCAUCAUUCUCAUCCUCCCCAUCCUCGACAUCAUCAUCCUCGCCAUUCUCACCAUCCUCCUCUUCAUCACCCUCACCGUCCCCAUCCUCAUCCUCAUUACCAUCUUCAUCAUCAUCAUCCUCCUCACCAGCCUUAUCGUCAUCAUCAUCCUCAUCCUC